UGUAGUGAGGUUGUGUUCGUUGAUUCUCUACGAAAUGAUUGAGUAUAUAUGACCUCUACUUUGACCACAGUGCCCAAUUCCCUAAACCUGGAUUCAUCUAAUAUACUUGAGCACUUGAAUGAUUCUAUCCAGAAAAGGUGCAGCAACAGCAAGGCUAACAUAGGUGGCGUUCUGUUCACACCAAGCAGCUGCAUUAGUGAUGGCUCUGGCAACAAGACUGGUGCAGCAGCAAACAGCGGCAGCUCUAAACCUGCAGCACAAACAUCUACUACACCUGCAGCACCUGCAGCAGAUGUCGUGCUGACUGACAGCAUGUCUAAAGGCAGAGGAGGUGGUCGCUCUGGCCACAGCACUUCUCCUGAGAAGCCAGCUGCAGGAGGAGGUGGAGAGCGAUCUCCUGAUGACGGUGGUGGUGAAGUUACACAAACUCCUCCCCCUCGUGUGGGGAUGCGAGGAGGGAGGAGGUAUAUGGGAUUAGGGUCCCCAUACAAGCCGGUGCUUGGACGUGGGGAAGACUUGCUCAAACGUCCCCGUGGGGGCCGUAGUCCCCUGGUUGAGGAGUACCCGGUGCGUAGGGGGUCCCCCAUCACCCCCAACAAAACCGCCAUGAAGAUAAGGAGGUCUGGGGGCGUCCCUGUUCCCUUGGGGGGCCGCCGAAAAUCCCUACACCCACCAGUGCCCCCGCUGGCUGAGGAAGAACCAGGGGGGACCGAGACCGGGGUUGCGGAUGAGGACGCAGUGGUGCUGCGUCAUCCCCAAGGGGAGGAUCAAGGGAUAAGCGAUAAAGAGAAGCAGCAGGGCGAGGAGAAGGAGCGUGACGAGAAGGAUGAAGACCACAGACAUGAAGAUAAAGACGAUGAUAUUGAUGAGGCUAUUGACAAGUCACCAGGGUCCCGCUACCUCAAGUUCGAGAACGAGAUCGGGCGGGGCUCGUUCAAGACGGUCUACCGGGGCGUCGACACGGAGACCGGCGUCGACGUCGCCUGGUGUGAACUGCUC